UUGAGGUUAUAUAUUUUGAUUUCAGCGCCACCACUAAAGAUGAUAAAUUUAAAUUUUACGCUAUCAGUAUCCUACUUUAAUCCAUUAUAAAUGCUAUCAGUUUCUAUUUAUCUUUCUUACAGUUUGCAUUAUUUACACAAAUAAUAGUCUGGAUUCGGAUUUUCUUCAACGUGCGAAUUUAUUGUCAGAAGAUAUACUUAAAAGCCGCAGACCAGGACUUAAAGUUUCAUUUAAUAAUCUUCUCGAAGGCCACAGAAUUUCCGCCUCACAUAUCGUACUUGCAGAGAUGUCUAUCUUAAAAUAUAAAAGGAGAUUGAAAAAAAAUAUUUCCAAUGAUCGUUUAAUCAGCGAUUCAGCGACGAUCAACGACCCACAUAACAAAGUCGAUAAAGCAACUAAAUCUGUAUUAGUACCUGUUUAUUUCGAUUUCAUACCAAACUAUAGAUAAUAUUAUUUUUAUCAAUCUACGAUUGUACAGACAGAAUUCCUUGGCAAGUCAUUCUGCAUAAAAGUCUCAGUAUACAAUGUCGAUAAAAAUUAAUAAUCCCUGAAGUAUUUCAAUUUUUAAUUACUAUUUAAAACGAUCUGGCUUCAUCCGCAUCAAUUCUACAGAUCAGAACGUGGAAAAUUCUAAUUUCACAUCACAGACGACUAAAAGUGGAGGCAAUAGGGAGACUAAUCUUACUUAUGGCAUCGACGACGUUCCACCAUGGUAUCUAUGCUUAUUCAUGGCUUUACAGCAUUAUUUGACCAUGAUAGGAGCUAUCGUUUCGAUACCUUUCAUCCUGUGCCCAGCAUUAUGUAUGGCCGAGGAUGACCCAGCUAGGAGUUAUAUUAUUUCUACUAUGAUCUUUGUCACUGGAUUGGUGACCCUCUUGCAAACCACUAUCGGGUGCAGAUUACCAUUAGUACAAGGAGGAACUAUAUCGUUUCUAGUCCCAACUUUGGCGAUAUUAAGUUUACCCCAAUGGAAAUGUCCAGCGCCGGAAGUAUUAGAUGAAAUGUCCGCGGAAAAUCGCACAGAAUUAUGGCAAGUUAGAAUGAGAGAACUCUCGGGUGCUAUCGCCGUUUCCGCUUUGUUCCAAGUUGUCGUCGGAUUUGGAGGUAUCAUUGGUUACUUGUUAAAAUUUAUAACACCUCUGACGAUCGUACCGACCGUCUCCUUAGUUGGAUUAUCCCUAUUCGAAAAUGCAGCCGAUGCGGCGUCUCAACACUGGGGUAUUGCAGCCGGAACUAUACUGAUGUUAACGAUGUACUCACAAAUAAUGGUGAACGUGCCAUUUCCGAUUUUAACGUAUCGCAAGGGUCAAGGAGUACGAAUCGUCUGGUUCGAACUGUUCAAAUUAUUCCCGGUGCUGUUAACUAUAAUAGUCAUGUGGAUAAUUUGUACAAUUUUAACCGUGACCGAUGCGUUACCAGUUGGACAUCCAGCCAGGGCAGAUAGUAAAUUAAAAAUCAUUAACAAUUCCCCAUGGUUCAGGGUACCGUAUCCUGGUCAGUGGGGAGUACCGACAGUAAGUUUGUCAGGGGUUCUCGGAAUGUUAGCUGGGGUAUUAGCGUGUACAGUGGAAUCUAUCAGUUAUUAUCCAACGACAUCAAGAAUGUGUGGUGCUCCUCCGCCACCAGUUCAUGCUAUUAACCGAGGUAUAGGUAUGGAGGGGCUUGGUACCAUGUUGGCUGGUCUCUGGGGAAGUGGAAAUGGUACAAACACCUUCGGGGAAAACGUUGGAACGAUAGGUGUUACAAAAGUUGGCAGCCGUAGAGUCAUCCAGUGGGCGUGCGCACUAAUGAUUCUACAAGGAUUGAUUAGCAAAUUUGGUGCCAUUUUUAUCAUCAUUCCUGAGCCCAUAGUGGGUGGAAUAUUUUGUGUGAUGUUUGGAAUGAUUUCCGCUUUUGGUCUAUCUGCGUUGCAAUACAUAAACUUAAAUUCAGCGAGGAAUCUAUACAUCCUUGGAUUCUCCAUCUUCUUCCCAUUAGUCUUAUCAAAGUGGAUGAUUAAUCAUUCAAAUGUGAUCCAAACUGGGAAUGAAAUAGCCGAUGGUGUACUUACUGUGUUACUUAGUACAACUAUCCUAGUUGGGGGUGUAGUAGGGUGUUUACUAGACAAUAUUAUACCAGGUACUCCGGAAGAACGUGGUCUCAUAGCUUGGGCAAAUGAAAUGGAACUAGAUGCCGGCAAAGAUGAGAAAGAAGAGCAAGACGAAUACGUACCGAACACAUUUGAUUUUCCAUUUGGAAUGAGUGUUUUACGAAGGUGGAAAUGGACCCAGUAUGUACCAUUUUUACCGACGUACAAACCUGGGAUUUACUCGUGUGGUCAGAAAAAACACUGAGCACUCCUUUGAUAUUACAUUAUCUGAUGAUAACAUUGUUAAUCAGCACAAGGAAACUUAAUAGUGUAAAUAUUUAAAAAAUCAGUAUAAAAGCGAGAGACUGUUAAUUAGAAUGCGAAUAAAAGAUAUUUUUAUAUAAACA